UUGGUACAAAUCAAUACGUCAGAUGACAGCUAGGUACUGACAUUUCUUUCCUGCAAUGUAAAUAAUCAACCUGUUUAAUUCUGCUUAUGGUCAUGAAUUAUGUAAAUAUAAUCUUUGAUGUGGAAUUUAUGAGUGUGGAACUGUAAAUAAACAAAAAUGAGUGAGGGAACAACAAAUAUUUGUGACAUAUCUGAAAUCAAUGGCCAUAUGCUGGAGGAAAUGAGGGAGGAAACUCUUUCCUCUAAGACCACAUCAAAUGCUGAAAGCGACUGUGAAGCUUUCGCUUCAGAAUCUGGCAUUUCCGAUGGAGACGAAACAACCGAUGAAACCAAAAAAACUUCUGUUCUUAAAUUGGAUGAUUACCAGAAACAAUUAGAGGGCUGUUUCCAUAAUAUUAACGAAUUAGAUCAAAAGUGUUCAAUCUUAAGUGAAACGUGUAAAGAGUUGCAGAUGAAAUUAGAGUUGACAACUAGGCAACAUGUAGCUGCAGUAAAAGAAAAGGAAACGAUGGUGAUCAAGUAUGCCAUAAGCGAGAAAAGUGUCCUAGAAUUAAAAUCUGCCCGAGACAAUGCAGAAAAGAAACUUAAAGAAGCACAUCGCGAAAACGAAAUUUUGCAAACUAAAGUAUCUGGUACGUUUUCAGAGAAGACACGUAUCUGCCAACUAUUGGAUACGAAGUGCUAUGAGUUAAAAUCUAGUCAGCAAGAAAUCGAAAGGCUUAAAGGGGAUUUAGGCGCUUUAGAAACGAAAAUGAAGUGGUUACAAAAUAAUCUACGAUCUGAAAUGGAACUGAGACAGGAAAACGACAAAAAAAUAGAAAGCCUAACUGCCAGCCUCCAGGACCAUGCCGGUCAAAUUGAACAGACAAAGCAAAACACGGAAGACGCAAUGAAAAAUUUUCUACAUUCCCAAGAAAAUCGUGCCAACGUACUCGAUCUACAGCUAAAGGAACAGCAGGCGAACUUAAUUCUCUUAAGGCACGAUAAAGACGAUCGAGAGAAACAAGUGAAGAACCUGCAAGCGGAACUGGAGCGAUUACAGUCGAAACAGAAGGAAACCUUGCACGAAAACAACACCCUGUCUCUUAAAGUGCAGCAGUUAGAACGCGAGAGGCUAGAAACAGAACAAAAGCUGAGCGAGUUGCGCGGAUGUGCCGAUCAACAGCGGCAGGAUGCAGCCGAUCUGAUGACGAAAACCACGCAGUUGGAGCAACUUAAAUUUCAAAUUCAAAAUGAGCAAGAACAAUUGCUGGCCUGUAGGGAACAAGUGGCGCUAUUAAAAAAUCGUAACUCCGAACUCGAAUGCGAUAUGGAAUCAUGUCGCGAACGUGAAGCCGAACUAUUACUAUUCACCCAACAGCUCACAGACAAAAAUGUAAGAUUGCAGUCGGAAUUUACGGCCAUGGAAACAAAAGUUCAGCAAUUGACUUGUGAGCAGACACUUCUACGUAGAGCGACAAAAGAACAAGAGACGAAAGUGGGAAUUUUAUCUAAACAGUUGGUGGAAGAACAAAAUAAAUAUGUGGAGGAGAUUGCAGAAUUGAAAUCCAAGUUGGCAGAGAAGACCACCGCGAACGACUCGCUGACACAAGAAAUUGCAUUCCAGAAAGGAGAGAAUUCUGUUAUUAAGAGGAAACUGGAGCUGUCGCUGAAAGAAGUCAACAAGGAGCUGCAGCAGUGUCGAAAAAAAAUCGAACAAUACGAAACUUUAAGCAACAGCAGCAAUAGCUCCAGUACAUCUUUAAAUGCAAUGGAAUCUCAUCUGCCCCCCGAUUCGAUCGGUGAACAAGUUAAAGUAAUUCAACCUGAAAGUACAAUCGAUAAGCAAACGUUAAUGGAGCAUAUAGUCAAAUUGCAACGAAUCAGCGCCAGAAAAUCCGAGAAGAUAGACUUUCUAGAGGAACAUAUUAACACGUUAGUUAGCGAAUUGCAGAGAAAAACUCGACUGCUGCAGAACUAUAUGAUGCGCGAAUCAACUGGUGCGAUGACUUCUAAUAAGAUGGAUAAUAAUAAGGCGCACAUAGCCAAGUUCAAUGGAAUAAUGGCAUCCAUGUAUGGCUCUCGAAUGGCAGACAGCAAUCUAACAUUGGAAUUAUCAUUGGAUAUAAAUCGUAAAUUACAAGCCGUACUUGAAGAUGCCUUGCUUAAAAAUAUUACAUUAAAGGAAAGUGUGGAUACAUUGGGUGCUGAAAUCGAAAGGUUAAAUAAUCUUUUAAAACCUACUUGUAAUUCUUCGUAGUAGAUGUUGGUGACAU